AUAAUCAUGAGUGCAUAUACAGUAUAAGUGUACAAUUUGUCGCGCGACACAAUUUGGCCUGAAUUUGCUCUCGUCGAUCCCUCUAACAUGGACACUAGGAGCUUCAUCGAAAACACUUUACGCUCAAUCGGCAAAGAAAGUAAAAGAUUGAAGAAAAGUGUCCAGGAAUUUUAUGAUAAACUUCUGGUACCUGUUAACGACCAGAUCGUUCAAAACAAAGUUUUGCCCGAGACAAAGGAAAGACUGCAAUGUUGUUUCAAAGACAUUUACUUGAGUUUAAAAGUUCAUGUGAUGUUCUACCGCGGAAUCGAUAAAAAGCCAUUCGAGGAAAACGACAAAAAGAUCGAUGAGACCCUCAAAAAGAUUCGUCACCUCCUUGACCUAAAAAAUGAAGAAAUGGAUCCAAUAGAUGCACAGAUAGAGGGCUCAACAUACGACGAUUUGUUUGAUAAACUUAUCGACCCUGGAAGCAAAGUCCUGGAAAUGUUCCGCGUCGUUGCAGCGUCCCCAAAAGGUACUCCCCAGGAAAAGAGCAUCCAAACAGGAAGUAAGGAUCAUGCCAAUCGAGUAUUACAAAUGGCUCGAAGCUUUCUACGAACACUUCAUGACAAAAACACCUUCCUGCCGAAAGUUUUAGCAAAGGUGUCGCGUGAAGAAAAUUCUUUUAUCGGUGCUUCAAUAGCAGUAAGCCAUUUCUUAAGGCCGAUCUAUUUGUACAGUAGAGUCAUUAAUCGCAAAAAGAGUCUCGCGGAAGCAAUUAUAAAAUUCCGAGCCUUAGAUAUUUCCCCUGAGCAAAACUGGGAAUUUGAGGCGUUUGAAAGGGAAACUGUAGAAAUUCAAAAAAACGAGGGUGAAAAAGAAAUUACCAAACAACAUGUAGGCCCCAAAGACCUUUGUCAAAACUGUAGAAUGAUGUUUCUUGGGGAUAAGUCAGGAAAAGGAGGUCGUUCUUUUCUCGGUGCAUGUGCAGAGUAUUGUCCUGUUGACGAGCUUCUCCCUGAUGAAUCGAAGUUAAAGGUGACUGAUGUUAAAGGUGAUGACUCAGUAAUCGGCUAUCUUCUGAAAAGAAACCUUUCUCGAUGCUCACUUCUGUUUAAAGAGUUUGAAAAUAUCUACGAAAGAUGCAAAUCUGCUGUAAACUCGGGAAAUGAUAGAGAAGUGGAGGCGGUUUACUGGGAAGUGAUACAUAAAUUGAACAUUUUUGGUUUAAAGCCAGAAUGUAAUCCUUACUUUUAAUUUUCUUUUGGUCCCUUUGUUAUCAGCGCUUUACUGGAACAAAAUUGUUCAAAUCUAACAGUUUAAACAGUUUUGAGUUUUUUGUUAUUUCAAAACCGAAAUUUCUUCUUUUGAACAAUGCAAAAAUGUGUGGUAAACAAUCCGUUAUGCUUUAUAUCUUAUUCACUUAGUUCAACCGAGACUGUAGAGGACAAAAGUUUUUAAAGGUUAGACUCAGUAGCGAUACUUUAUGCAUCUUCCACAGAGCUGAGAGAUCAGUGUUCCACAGGAAAAUCAAUCAUUUCCCUUUAAAAAAAAGGUCAAUUUUCUUGUAUAGAAGAGAGCUGUAAAUUUUUUCAUUGUUAAAUCGGUGAAUGUUCGCUUUUUUCUUUUUUGGCUAUUUUUUUGUUUCACAUAUCACGUGUCCGUGAGUGAUGGGGACUGAGCAUUGCAUGACAAAAGUCUUAGAAUAAUGAUAAUUGUUACUGCUGCGUCUAACUAGUGACUAGAGUUGUAGUUACAAGAAAAAAUCUCACACAAGAUUUGUUUUCAGUUGGAAGUUCUCUUUUCAAACAAUUAUUAGAUUGAAAAGACUAUUUUAACUCUAAAAAAUAUUAGAAUUAAAGGCACUAGCUCUAGGUUGAAUUCAAUUUAUGAGGCUUUCUUUCUAAAAAGAAGCCUUUUUCAUCAACGAAUAUAGGAAAACUGAGAGGACGUAAAGGCGUUACAAAAAGUUAGUCCGUUGAGAAAUCCAUAAAAUUGCCUAUAGAGUGUGGUGAUAGAUGCAGCAUUCAACUCAUUUAUCAAAUUGUCAUCAUUUUCACUCACUUUGUCACCUCUGUAAAUCUUCCUAAAUUCAUUUCCAUUCCCCUGAAAUCUAAACAGUGACAAAUCAGUACAUGACAAGAAACAAGUGGUUCUCUAGUCAGCGGUUGUCUGAAUAUCAGGGUGGUAUUGGUACUGUUUAAGAAAUUUUGGGUAAUGUCAACUAUAUCCAUAAUCAUCCCAUACAACUUUAUCACUCUUUUACCAUAAACCGAUAAUACCCGAAAAACUAAAUUAUCCGAAAACAAGUUUUCAUACAUCAACAUCUUUAAUAUAAAAAAAAAUCUUAAAACUUAACAUGUACAGCUUGGGAAUAUUGGUCUGCUCUUUACAUCAGUGAAAAGAGCAAUGAUUGUGGAAAAAUUGAAGAGAUGAUGACACCAUUACGUCAACUGACUUAAUAAAGAGUAGCUCCUAACCAUUUCCUCGAUGUCACCCAUGAUAAGAAAUAUCUACGAGCCAAGAACAAUGAAACUGUUAUUAAAGCAUUUUUGUUAUCUAA